AUUUCUUCUUUUCUUCCUUCUUCUUUUUUCUUCUUCUCCCUUAUCUAUCUCUCCUCUUUCUCUUCCAUUCAAAUGCUGCUAGGGUUUAUUAUGUUUAUAAUUACAUUAUAUUCAUAUUAUUUUAGAUUUAUAUCUUCUCAAUCUCGUCUCUUUUUCUCUUCCAUUCUUUCUCCAUAAUUGAUUAAACACUAAUUUGAGUUAUUAAUCAAUUUAUUUACUAUUCUAAUUUUUUUAUUUUUUUUUCUAGGAAACAUAUUGUUGGGAGAUAAUCAUUGGGGAUUGAGAACCCAGCUCGCGCCUGGGUUCGUGACUUGGCAGAGAUUGAGAACCCAGCUUGCGUCUGGGCUACCAGUAACAUGAUUUUAUCUCAAUUCCAACAAAUUGAACAAGGAACUACAGCGAGAGAUUGAAAGUGGGAUUUUUCGCUUUAGGGUUUUUGUGCAAGUGAAAUUGCUUUCUUUAUGGCUAAAAUGGAGAGAGCAUAUGGUGGCGUGGACAAUAUUAGCAGAUUACCGGAUGAGCUUCUUUUGCAUAUUUUGUCAUUGCUUUGUUUUGAAGAUGCUGUUCGUACCUCUGUGCUGUCAACAAGAUGGAGAUAUCUCUACGCUUCAAUUUCUGAUCUUAUUCUUCACUUUAGUUCACUAGGUGGUCAGAAGGAGACUGAUGUUGAGAAUGUUGUUGAUAGAGUAUUCUUUUACCGUAAUAAUAGAUGCCCUAUAAACAGAUUUCAGCUCGGAUGCUCACAGUCAAAUGAGCCUAACCCUUCACACCUUGAAGGGUGGAUACGUGCUCUAAUGUGGCAUGGUGUUUGAGAGCUUGAUUUGGGAACUUUUUCUAACCUUCAGCUGCUGGCUAGUUUAUUCACCUGUGAGACGUUGAUGGUUCUGAAAUUGGACAUGUUGUUUCCUUCUGGUAUAGAAGUCCCUGUCAAAGUUUGUCUCCCAAGCCUUAAGGUUCUUCACCUCGAUAAUGUAAUUUCAUUCUGGGAUGAUGAUUCUGCUAACAGGCUGCUUUCUAACUGCCCAGUUCUUGAGCAUUUGAAGUACAAGAAUGAGAAUGAGAAAGAGAACUGCAAAGACAUUGUUUCCCAUCCUGUACUCAAGAGUCUUGACAUAGAUUGUAUGACCUGUAAGGGAUGGUCUGAUGAUUUGAAGAUUCUCAUUGAUGCCCCAAGUCUUGUCGACUUAAAAUACUGUGUUUGUGAUGUAAACUGUCAUACUUUUGUAAAUGUUGAGCACUUACUGAAGCUGAUAUUUAUUGUGUACAAAAUGAAGGUGUAGGUUAAGGUGAUUAUAGGGAUUACAUCCUUGCUGCAACUGACCUGAUGAGAAGGAUAACAAACGUCGAAAGGCUUACUAUAUCUGGUGGAACCCUUGUCAUAAGUUUUUUUACCACACCUUAUUCCAGAUAUGAACAAUUGCCUCCUUUCUUCAUUUAGAGAUUUUUUAUUUUUCUACAGCCAAAUCUACACUGCUAACUACAAAUUUCCUUUUGCAGGAUCUUGCAAAGUUCAACAUUCCGAUCCCUGUGUUGCCUAAUGUGACACAUUUGGAAAUUCUCUGGUGCAAAUAUUUUGGCUUGGCAGAAUUACCACACUUACUAGCACGUUGUGAGUCUUUGGAAACUCUUCUUUUCGAGGAUCUUCCAGAUAAAGAGUGGAAUCUUGAUGCUUGGUACAUCCUUGACGAAUUUCGAUGCCUAAAGACAAUUGAAAUUGGGUCAUUUAGCGGCACUGAUAAUCAAAUGGAAUUGGACAAGUAUUUUCUGAAAAGCGCAAAAGUUCUAGGGAGCAUGACUAUUUGUAUUUGGAAUGCAGAAUAUGAAGAACAACUGGAGAUAACUAAAGAGUUACUUAUGUUACCGAGAGUCUCAAAAACAUGCAGUGUUGUUUUUAAAUAUGAGGGCAAAUUGGGGCUGAGAUUUUGAUAAAGAGGAGUGCUAGCUCUUCUUGUUCUUUUGAAUACCAUGGCUAAUCUUUCAGCUCAAACUCAAAUUCAUAAGCAAGGACUCCACUUCGGCUGGUCUUACCUUGGUCGUGCUUUUAUUGAAUAUUUCUAUAUUUAUUCUGCAUAUUUUCCAAGUUUUAGUAGCUUUAAGCUGGUGCUAAGCUAGAUUCAAUAUUCUGUGUAAUGGGUACCGUGUAUCUUUUAUGCUUUGGGAGUGGUGUAUGCAGCACUCUUAUAAUUCCUUAUUUAAAAAUAUAAAUUGAGUAAAGAUUU